AUGAAACUUAGGCUAGAAGUACAUGCCAUUCUCUUGCUGCCUGUGUACUUGUUAAUAUCUGUAUACAGUAUGCUCGUAUUUAUUCCAUGGUAUUUUCUUACCAAUGCUAAGAAGAAAAAGGCUAUGGCAAAACGUUUAAAAGCUAAACCCAUCUCGGACAAACCUGGAAGCCCCUACCGUUCUGUCACUCAUCUGGACUCACUAGCAAACAUAAACAUUCCUGGAGCAGACACGUUGGACAAGCUAUUUGACCAUGCUUUAGCAAAGUUUGGGAAGAAGGACUGCCUUGGGACUAGAGAAAUACUGAGUGAAGAAAAUGAAAUGCAACCAAAUGGAAAAGUGUUCAAAAAGUUAAUUUUAGGAACUUACAGGUGGUUAUCCUAUGAAGAAGUAAAUGAGAAAGUGAAUCGCUUGGGGAGUGGACUGACUGCCCUGGGACUAACUCCAAAGAGUACUGUUGUCAUAUUCUGCGAGACCCGAGCAGAAUGGAUGAUUGCAGCUCUAACCUGCUUCAAGUACAACUUUCCUCUUGUUACCUUGUAUGCCACCCUGGGUGAAGAGGCAGUAAUCUAUGGUCUCAAUGAGUGUGGGGCGUCAUAUCUGGUCACUAGUGUAGAACUUCUUGAGGGCAAACUUAAGACUGCAUUGCCUCAAGUCUCCUGUCUUAAGCAUAUCAUUUAUGUGGACAAGAAGACUAUCAAUAAAUCGGGAUACCCUGAAAAUGUGGAGAUCCAUAGUAUGCAGACAGUAGAAGAGCUGGGAGCCAAACCAGAAAACUGUAACAUUCUGCCAAGCAGACCUGUUCCUACAGACUUGGCUUUAGUAAUGUACACCAGUGGCUCUACUGGGAGACCUAAAGGAGUGAUGAUGAUGCAUAAAAACUUAAUAGCUGGAAUGACGGGACAGUGUGAGAGAAUACCUGGACUGGGGCCCAAGGACACUUAUAUUGGUUAUUUGCCUCUGGCCCAUGUAUUAGAAUUGACUGCAGAAAUUUCUUGCAUCACUUACGGCUGCAGGAUUGGCUAUUCCUCUCCACUCACACUAUCGGAUCAGUCAAGUAAAAUUAAGAAGGGAAGCAAAGGAGACUGUACUGUACUUAAGCCUACAUUGAUGGCAGCUGUGCCUGAGAUAAUGGACAGAAUUUAUAAAAAUGUCAUGAGUAAAGUUCAAGAGAUGAACUACAUUCAGAGAACUCUGUUCAAGAUAGGCUAUGACUACAAACUGGAACAAAUCAAGAGGGGAUAUGAUGCACCUCUGUGUAACGUACUAUUGUUUAAAAAAGUAAAGGCACUACUGGGAGGGAAUGUCCGUAUGAUGCUUUCUGGAGGAGCACCACUCUCACCUCAGACACAAAGAUUCAUGAACAUCUGUUUUUGCUGUCCUGUUGGUCAAGGCUAUGGACUAACAGAAACAUGUGGAGCUGGAACAAUUACAGAAGUUGCUGAUUACAGCACUGGCAGAGUUGGAGCUCCUCUUAUUUGUUGUGAAAUAAAAUUGAGAGACUGGCAAGAAGGGGGCUAUACUAAUAAAGACAAGCCUAAUCCUAGAGGGGAAAUUAUAAUUGGUGGACCUAAUGUCUCAAUGGGAUAUUUUAAAAACCAAGAGAAGACAACUGAAGAGUUCUCCAUUGAUGAGAAUGGUCAGAGAUGGUUUUGUACAGGAGAUAUAGGGGAAUUUCAUCCGGAUGGGUGUCUGCAGAUCAUAGAUCGUAAGAAAGACUUGGUGAAGCUACAAGCAGGGGAAUAUGUAUCUCUGGGCAAAGUAGAGGCAGCACUCAAGAACUGUCCAUUGAUCGAUAAUAUCUGUGCUUAUGCCAAAAGCGACCAGUCUUACGUGAUCAGUUUUGUGGUUCCUAAUCAGAAGAAGCUGACAGCAUUAGCUGAGCAGAAAGGCAUCAGUGGAACCUGGGUAGAUAUUUGUAACAAUCCUACAAUGGAAGCUGAAAUACUGCGAGAGAUUAAAGAAGUGGCAAACAAAAUGAAAUUAGAAAGGUUUGAAAUUCCCAUCAAAGUACGGUUAAGCCCUGAACCAUGGACCCCCGAGACUGGGUUAGUAACAGAUGCUUUCAAACUGAAAAGAAAAGAACUGAAAAACCAUUACCUCAACGACAUCGAAAGAAUGUAUGGAGGCAAAUAA